GUCAACGACAAGUCCAAGUGUCCAAGUGUCCAAGUCCACUGGUCGAGCAAUUCGGAUACUUUUGCUGGUCUGCGUAAAUCAAAUCGCUGAUUUGAUCCUCAUUAUUCGAUUUGAAACUUGAAACCCUGGUCUCCAAUUGUUCACCAUCUAGCCUUCAAACCUCGCAUGUGAGCCACAGUCCUGUACGACGCAGCGCAAAUGCUCCUGCUGUAACCUUGUGUCCCUUACCUCCUCCGCAUUGGGAACUCAGCAUCGUGAUUGAGCGCCCUUCACGAUGAGGUUAGACGUCAAGAGACAGCUAUUUGCGCGAUCCGAGCGGGUCAAGGGGAUCGACUUCCAUCCGACCGAGCCAUGGAUCCUCACGACCCUCUACAGCGGCCAUGUUUACAUCUGGUCCUACGAAACCCAGGCGAUCGUCAAGACCUUCGAGCUGACCGAUGUCCCGGUUCGAGCGGGCCGCUUCAUCGCCCGCAAGAAUUGGCUGGUCUGCGGCUCUGAUGAUUUCCAACUGCGCGUCUACAAUUACAACACAUCGGAGAAAAUCACCUCGUUCGAAGCCCACCCGGAUUAUAUCCGAGCGAUUGUGGUCCACCCGUCACAACCAUUUGUCCUGACCGCCAGCGAUGAUAUGACUAUCAAGCUAUGGGACUGGGAGAAAAGCUGGAAAUGUGUUCAAGUGUUCGAAGGGCACUCCCACUAUGUCAUGGGACUGGCCAUUAACCCGAAGGACACGAAUACCUUUGCCAGUGCGUGCUUGGACCGCACGGUGAAGAUCUGGAAUCUGGGCAGCGGUACACCGAAUUUCACCCUAGAAGCGCAUGAAACGAAAGGGGUCAAUCAUGUCGAAUAUUACCCGCACUCCGACAAACCGUACCUUCUUACCACAUCCGAUGACAAGACCGUCAAGGUCUGGGACUAUACGACCAAGGGUCUCAUCGCCACCCUGGAAGGCCACUCGAGCAAUGUCAGCUUCGCAUGCUAUCAUCCCGAGCUUCCCGUGAUUAUUUCCGGAUCCGAGGACGGGACGGUGAAGAUCUGGCAUGCCAACACCUAUCGACUGGAGCAAACCCUCAAUUACGGGCUGGAGCGAGCCUGGUGCGUCAGCUAUCAAAAGGGCAAGCAAGGCGUCGCCGUUGGGUUCGAUGAUGGCGCGGUCGUCGUAAAGAUGGGCCAGGAGGAACCCGCUGUGUCCAUGGAUGGGAGCGGAAAGGUGAUUUGGGCGAAGCACGCGGAGAUUUUGUCCGCCGUCAUCAAGGGAGGAGACAAAACCCUUAAAGAUGGUGACCGUCUUACAAUAACCGCGAAGGACCUUGGCUCCGCCGAAAUUUACCCCCAAACCCUGGUACAUUCGCCAAAUGGUCGCUUCGUUGCGGUGUGCGGCGAUGGAGAGUACAUCAUCUAUACCGCAUUGGCCCUACGGAAUUCUGCCUACGGCAAAGCGUUGGACUUUGUAUGGGGCAGCAAGGAGAAUGACAAAGACUUUGCGAUCCGAGAAAGUACGACGAGCGUCAAACUGUUCCGCAACCUCAAGGAGCGGGGGGGCGGGGGCCUUGAUGUCGGGUUCUCUGCUGAAGGGCUGAGCGGCGGUACCCUCCUUGGCGUGAGAGGACAAGGCGGAAUUGGACUCUUCGACUGGGAAACUGGCGGAUUGGUGCGAAGAAUCGAAGUGGAGCCAAAGAGCGUUUAUUGGUCGGAAAGUGGCGAGCUGUUUACUCUUGCCUGCGAAGAUACCUUUUACGUCCUUCGUUUUUCGAGAGAAAACUACGUCGCGGCCCUACAGAACGGCGAGGUGGAGCAAGACGGUGUCGAGUCGGCCAUCGAAGUCAUUACUGACAUCAAUGAGAGUGUGCGAACCGGUCAAUGGGUUGGCGAUGCAUUCAUUUAUACCAACACCACAAAUCGGUUGAAUUACCUGGUUGGCACCACGACCCACACCCUCGCAUCGUCCGAUGCUCCGUUAUACCUGCUCGGUUAUCUCCCUCGAGACUCGAGGGUGUACGUUUGCGACAAGGACAUCAAUAUCACUUCAUACGCCCUCUCCUUGGCCGUCGUGGAAUACCAAACAUUAAUCCUUCGCGAAGACAUGGAGUCGGCAGCCGAGGUUCUUGCCGAAGUUCCGAAAGACCAGAUGGCUCGGAUUGCUCGAUUUUUGGAGGGCCUCGGCCACAAAGAGCUUGCCCUGGAAGUUGCAACUGACGGAGAACAGCGGUUUGAGCUGGCAUUGAACCUUGCGCGAUUGGACAUUGCAGAGGAUAUCGCUCGGGAGGAAGACAAGGAGGGCAAAUGGCGCCUUCUAGGUGACAAAGCUCUCGAGAUGUGGGAUCUGCGGUUAGCCUCCGAAUGUUUCGAUCGAGGCAAUGAUCUUGGAAGUCUCCUCCUUCUCUACACUUCUGCGUCCGACCCGAAGGGGUUGCGAAGCCUGGCGGAGAGGGCAUCGGCAGCUGGCGCCCGCAACGUUGCAUUUGAAUGCUUGUGGGCUCUUGGUGAUGUCGACGGCGUUCUGGAGCUGCUCGAGCAGACCGGCAGGCUCCCGGAGGCAGUCCUCGCCAGCUUGACGUUCAAGCCCAGUGUCACCCCAGAGCUUUUCCAGAAGUGGAGAACGGACCUCGAGAAGGGGGGUAAGGGUCGUGUUUCUCGACUGCUAGGGGUGCCCCCUGGCGGAGAACGAGAAGGGGAAGAGGCGGAUGAAGAGAUGUGGCCGGACUGGCAAUUGUGGUUGGAUGCGGAGAAGAAGGGGGAAAGCCUGGUGGAUCAUGGUGCAGCGGAGGCGGCGGAGGAUGCUACUGAUGGCGAUGUGGAUGACGAGGCCAAUGGAGUGGAGGAGGAAGAGGAGGAAGAUGGUGAGGAGAUGGAAGAGGUGGAGGAGUGAGGAGGGAUUUGGCACGUCUCCAUUAUCUAGCUAGUGUUAUGGAUGGUAGGAGCAUAUGGAAAAUUCAGCGGGAGUAGCUUGGAUGUGGCCUUCAUGGGUAGCUA